AUGGAAACACUUUACUCAUAUUGUUAUACAAACAAGAACAUUAAUUAUAGAAUACAGACAACACAAUGGUCAGAAGCCAGUAAUGCACAUUUAAAGCGUCUGCUAAGUCAUACAGUGCCAUUACCUAAAUUAAUAAGUGCAUUGAAAAAGUUAAGUCGUCACCAACUUCAGCACUCCCAAUAUCAACAGUAUCAUCUACAUGGAAGUAUUUGUCAACAAUGCCCUGAAUUGUUAAAAGAUAUUUCAAUGGUCAUUUUGGAUUUUGUGUAUUCUAUAUUGUUGAAGCAAUACAAUAUAGCCACUGUGUAUGAAAUUGAAAUGCAAGAAAGUGGUAUACUCCAAGUCUAUCGUAACGAGAGUUAUAAGCAUAUAGUAUAUCAAGUUGAAACCGAAUAUACUUGUAGUUGUGAUUAUAGCACACAAUAUUCUUUGUCAUGCCAUCACGUUCUUGCUGUUCAUAUCACCGAUAAGAGGGCUGUAAGUAUUAAUUAUAUUGGUGCUCGUUGGAUUAUCUCAUCGACAAGAUUUAAUAUAACACAACCUGGACAUAAUUUAACCAAUACUGAUGAGUCUGCAACUAAGUUCAUAUCUUUUACCAAUCGAAGUAUUUACGAUAUUUAUACUGAUCAAGAGAAGGUACCUGCUAAGAGUACAGCAAAUUUACUUGAAGAUAUUGGAACAAUUUCUAAUAGAGUAGGACAUGUUAAAGUUAAUAAUUCACUUGCUCAUUUUGUGAAAGAAUUGAAUGAUGAAUAUCCCUUAUUACAAGAAGAUAUUGAAGAUCCUCUUACUGCAAAAACGAAAGGAAGGCCAAAUAAUACUAGUCACAGUAAAUCAGGUAUUGAGCUUGCUACUAAAAGAACAUAUAUAUGUAGUAUUUGUGGUAGCAAUAGACAUAAUUCUAGAAGUUGCCCAAGUAAAUAG